AUGGAUGCUGCAAACUUCACUAUUUGCGCUUUGGUCCUGAAUGUGAUAGCAGCACAGGUUGGUCCGUUGGUUGAAACUUCUAUCGAAAAAAGUGGUAUUGUUGGUGAUAAUUUUGACUUGGUUAAAGUUAGGGUUGCUGUAAAUUUCAUAAGCCAGGCGUGGGUUGCUGCAGACUAG